AUGACUACUCUUUUCCUCUCCAGCCGUAACCUUACCCCUAUUGAUAUAAAGUCGUUCCAUGCAGGCUCCCUCCCCCUGCAUUUACGAUUCUUACUUCGAGCGAGCGACAACUAUAGUAAAGGCGUCUUUUGGCCUGCCGAUCUACUACCCCAGUCCCUGGGAAAGACCCGCGCCAACAUUCUGGUCUAUGGCUACAACGCAGACGUCUAUACAACCGGCAGAAGCCAUAAAAGUGCCAGCGAUAACUUCAUCUCCCAGCAUGCUCAGACUCUGGUCACCAACCUCACCCUAUACCGCAAGAGUGAGCGAACGUCCAACAAUCCCAUCAUCUUCGUUGCACACAGUCUAGGCGGUCUACUUGUCAAGCGGGCUCUGCUUUACUCCAACGAUGUCAGAGACAGGAACCAAGAAGACGCCAGAUCCAUCUUCAUCUCAACCUAUGGCAUCAUCUUUCUAGGUACUCCCCAUACCGGUUCGGACAUGGUAACAUGGGGGCUCGUCUUGCAGAGAAUGGCAGACGCCAUAGCGCCCAGAAAAGUCUUUGAAAGCGAGUCCGUCCUUCUCAAGACCCUGAAAAAAGAUAACGAGACCCUGGAAAUCAUCAACAAUCACUUCCUCGACAUCUACCAGCGUUUUCAGAUUCACAUGGCCCACGAAAACCACAAGACGGAUGUCAAAGGCACAAAGUGA